AUGGACUCAAGCUCCAGGCCCGUGCCAGUGGACCUAGGUGUCAGGCCCAUCCAGUGUUCAGCCAUCUCCUAUAGACUCAGGUUCAAGGCCUACCCCAGCACCAGGAGAAGUCCUAUGAAUGCAAUGACUGUGGCAAGGCAUUCAGUCACAGCUUGUCCUUCACCAAACAUCAGCGAAUCCACACUGGGGAGAAGCCCUACGAAUGCAACCAGUGUGGCAGAACCUUCAGCCAGCUUGCUCCCCUCAUUCAGCAUCAGAGGAUCCACACAGGAGAGAAACCCUAUGAAUGUAACCAGUGUGGCAGAGCCUUCAGCCAGAGCUCCCUUCUCAUCGAACACCAGAGGAUUCACACCAAGGAAAAGCCCUAUCAGUGCAAUGAGUGUGGGAAGUCCUUCAGCCACAGCUCCUUGCUCAGCCAGCACGAAAGGACGCACACUGGGAAAAAGUCCCAUGAGUGUCACGAUUGCGGAAAGUCCUUUAGGCAGAGCACCCACCUCACUCAGCACCAGAGGAUCCACACAGGAGAGAAGCCAUAUCUCAUCCUUUUCUAGAUUUGACCCAAUCAUACACAUGAGAAAUGUAUAUUCAUACACAAGCCUUUUCACACAGCACUCCCCUCAGACACCUUCAGAGAGUUCACACUGA